UCGAUUCCAAUAGCAUUAACGAUCAAGCAACCAAUUGGAAUAGACAGCGAAAAGAUAGAGUUCAGCAAAUAAUUUAAAGUUUUUCCGUAAAAGUCACAAACACAAACUCCAAGUGAAAAUGUCAUUUCUAACGCGUGAAUAUAAUUUCUACGAAUCAGAAUUAGCCGCCGCUAAAGAUCAGCGCACAAUGGCAAUGCGCAGCGUCAAGAAGCUAUUUCGGCCAUUGAUGCGCAUCAUCAAGAAGAAGCAGUUAUUGCAGAAGACGCUCACCGAAGUGAAGCAACAGAAUGAUUACAAUUCAUCGCUAGAAGAUAUGCGUAAAGAUCCAGCCGCGCUAAGUGCGCACGAUGACAAUUUGGCGAAUGAAGCUUUAGAGCAACGCCUCUAUGAAGAAUUACAGCAAUGCAGCAGCGCACCCGAAUCGGCGGCGAUUAUUGUGCGUGAGGGUGAUAGUCAGAAAAUUGUGCCCGUGAAACAGCAACAAUACAUACCAGUGCAUUUUGCGCGCACCAGCAAUGGCACAUUCUUCUGGACCUCCACCGAUAUGCCACGCCAACAUGAGCACCAAUUGCGUCAGCAACUCGAUCGCUGGGGACAGGCGUAAGCGUUAGCGUAAGAACAAACAGGAGCUGAGUUGCAGUUUAAGUAGAAGAAGAAGGAUGGGCUCACUCGCCAGAGUAGUCUUGGUAGCAGCUUUAAGCGCAACGGCCACUUUGCAGCCCAGGCGAAGCGGCACAUUUGCGCAUAGACCGCACCGCGCACGCCGGCCACGAGUGCGCGGUUUAGCUUCCUAUUUUUUAUGUGUACUCGUAUGUGUGUGUUUUUAAAUUUUUUAAAUUGAACUUUAAGUUAAGAUAAAUUUUUAUGGUGAUAUUAGCUUUUAGUCGCAAGGCUAUACAUUUUUUUUUAUAAAUUAAUUGAUAUUCAAUUGUGAAAAUUUAUUUUGUAGCUACAGUGACAAAUUUUUUUCAUUCAUUGUCUAAUUGUGAUUUUAGCGAGUUUAGUUUUAGGGUAAGCUUAGAAUAGAAUUUUUGAAAAAAUCUAGGUUUAUAGCUUUAACAACUACUGAUAUGUCUUCCUAAUUUAAUUUUUAAGUGGUUUGCUCACAUAGUUUAUUGUCUUCCAUGUAAAACUGUGUAGGGAAAAGUAUAGUUUUUAAGCGAAAAUAUUUGUAAACAAAAAUUGCAUAAAAUAAAAUU